AUGUCAGGCUCCGGAUCUGGAUCAGGGUCCGAAUACGAGGAGGGGGAGUUGGUGAAGCCCUACGAGGAGGAUGCCCAGUCCUCCCACUCCCAGGACGCGGGGCAACGCGAGGACGGAGGGGUGCAGGGCGGCCCUAGUUUCUUCUUCGACAGACCUCGGUGGGGACCAGUCUACAGGCGGAGGGUUGUGUGGAGAGGUGUUGGCGCUCUUGGGAGAGGCGGCCUGGUCACCUCUGCAGUGAGGAUUGGCGCUCUUGGGAGAGGCAGCCUAGACCCUUCUGCAGUCUGCUUUACUUUUGGGAAUUCGCUGGCCCUCUUGGGAGAGGUGGCCCCGCAUCCCUUUCUCUAUGGCUCGUAG